AUGCGCAAAAAAUCAUCGCUAAACCAGUGGUUACGGUCUGGUGUCGUUAAGCAAAAUACUAAGAACACACUUGAUUCCACCUUGGAUACCUUAUAUCAAAUUUGUCAACUAAACGUCACUCGCGAGUCCAUUUCACGUUCUCUCAAAGAUAUUCUUCAAACCGAUCUAACCUUCCGACAGGAGCAGCAAGAACACUCUAAAAUAUAUAAUUGGUUUCAGGAACGACAGAAAAAGCCAACUCCAAUUUCAAUCUUUAAAAAGACGCGUAUUUUUUCAUCUGCCAUCGGAUCUCAUUCAACUAUCAACAUUGCAAGCUCCCCUAACAACAUUACGAGUUCCCCUAACAACGUUGCAGGCUCUUCUAAUAACGUUGCAGGCUCUUCUAAUAACGUUGCAGAUUCCCCUAAUAACAUUGCAAGUACCCGUGAUUCCUCACCUCCACCUAUAAAACAGAGAUAUUCUUUCUCUGAAGCGGAGCAAGGUGCUGUGGUCGAAACUUUUUUAACGCUUGCGGAGAAGGCCAUUUACAACUUUCUCGUCAAAUAUGAAGACAAGCUUCCCGAUAUACUUGUAGAAAAUUUCGCUUCUAAACAGAACCCACCAGUCAGCAAAGAUUUCCGGGAUGCUGAUGUUCUGUGUAUGCUAAAAUUUAUAAUAGAAAAUAUUAAAAUAUUUUUGAAAGAAUCAGCAUUUCAUGGUUCUCAUAAAUCCAAACCUAUCGAACUACUAAAAGAUUUUAAAAAAGAUGUACGUCAUAAGAAUGCACAUGGGAUCGUUGAGAAUAAUAAAGGGCGUUGGUGUGAUCUUUCUCUGCAACGAGUUGUUCAUUUGACAUGUGAGGCAACGGCACCGAAUAAGAAGCUUCAGUUAUUCUCUGUUAAGCCUACAAACAUACAGAGUGAUGAGAAAGUUAUAAAAGUAUAA